ACGAUAAAGUUAACCAACAUAGACCGACAGAGACCAGUGCUUAUUUCUGUCUUAUCGUCUUAUUGGAAAUGCUUGACAAUAAAUUAGAUUUUGUGCAAAUUCUAUCGUCCCCGUUGGAUCGAUCCACUCAAUGGUGUCCCGCCAUGAUGGUGCAAAUAAUGGAAAGGAAUACGAAUACCAAAGAAGAAACACCCCGGGCAAAUCGCAGGUUCGUGUGA